UGAAGACAGCGGGGCUGCAGCAAAGUGCGAAGAAGAAAAGUGACACGUUUUUUUUUAUUUGCUCAUGUUAAUAAACAAUUGUUAAGCUGAUAAGUAAAUAGACACAGUUUGUUAUAGGACGCGAAAAUGUCAGAUCACGAUGAAAUGGUCCAACGCUUUAUGGACGUGACGGGAGUCGAUUCCACACGAGCUCGGUUUUUACUCGAGUCAUCGGCAUGGAAAAUCGAUUUUGCUCUCGCUGACUUUUACGAGAACGACUCUGAAUCUGUGAACCUGCCUGGACAGGCAGAAGGCGGAGAUCAAGAGGAUCAUCAGUACGAGGCCGCAGAUGAUAUUAGAAGGCCACAGGAGCCCACGCCGACAGAAAUGAAGCCAGUCAAGUCCAAGUCAAAACCAAAAAAAAAAUCCAAUGUCACCACGUUCAAAGAUCUGAACAACAAAGACAGUAGCUCCGAAGAGGAAGAGGGACAGGCUUUCUACGCUGGUGGCUCUGAGACCAGUGGACAGCAAAUUUUGGGUCCUGGGAAAAAGAACGACAUCAUUACAGAUAUGUUUAAGUCGUGCCAAGAGCAAGCUGUCAAUGUUGAACCUAGCAAAUCUAGCGGCAGUGGCAGUAGUACUCAGCACAGACCAAAUACGUUUGGUGGAACUGGAUACAAAUUGGGCAUGACCAGUAAUGAUACCGAAGUAGUUACGCCUUCCUCAUCCGCCGAAAGAAGACCAUCGACUGGUUUGAUCACUUUAAGACUGUGGCAGAAUGGCUUCACCAUCAAUGAUAGAGAGAUUCGAGCAUACGACGAUCCAGCUAACAGAGAGUUUCUUGCAGCAAUAAAACGUGGGGAAAUUCCAACGGAAAUUCGACAAGAAGUACAGGGAGGUGAAAUGCGUCUUGAUAUGGAAGACCACCGUCAUGAAGAUUAUGUUCCUCCAAAACCCAAAGUCAAAGCCUUCAGUGGGAAAGGUCAAAUGCUUGGAAGCCCUUCUCCAGCCACCGUAGGAAUGACAGUGCCUACAGAUCCAGCUGAUCAAGCUGCCAAUGAAGCAUUAGCUAGAAACCAACUAAAUCUCAAUACCGAACAGCCACUAACAACCUUACAGAUCAGAUUAGCAGAUGGUAGUAAUGUAAGAGCUCAAUUCAAUUUGACACAUACUGUUGGAGAUGUCAGGCAAUAUAUUACAAAUAUCAGACCACAAUAUGCACUUCGAGAGUUUAGUUUACAAACAACUUUUCCUACCAAGGAAUUGACAGAAGAGAACAAAACAAUCGCAGAAGCAAACCUCCAAAACUCUGCUGUCAUGCAACGACUGAAAUAACGACUUUAUAAUUAAUAGUUUUUCACAAAUUCUUUAUCAAAGUACACAUUAAAUGGUUCUUACGAAAAAACUUGAAUUUAUACAAAAAUAUUUUCCUCUGUUCAUGAAAAUUUAGAAUUAUUAAUU